AUGCCGAUCAACCAACCCUCCAACCAGAUCAAAUUCACAAAUGUGUCCGUGGUUCGCUUGAAGAAAGGAAAAAAGCGGUUUGAGCUAGCUUGCUACAAGAACAAACUGCUAGAAUACCGAUCUGGCGCCGAAAAAGACCUCGACAAUGUUCUCCAAGUCCCUACCGUUUUCCUCUCUGUGUCAAAGGCCCAGACAGCCCCAACCGCCGAACUCGCAAAGUCUUUCGGCGCAGGCACACCCCGCGAUGAAAUCCUGCAAGAAAUCCUGCGCAAAGGCGAAGUGCAAGUAGGCGAGCGAGAGCGCAAGGAUAUUCUUGAGCGAGUGGAAAAGGAGGUUCUGGACAUCGUAUCUGGGCGACUUGUCGACCCCAAUACGAAGCGCGUUUAUACAUCGGGAAUGAUUUCGAAGGCUCUGGACCAGCUGACCUCGGCCAGUGGGCAGCAGCAGAGCGCAGACCCGACUGGCGCGGGCGAGGAGCAGCCCAAGAAACCAAUGUGGACGGGCGUUUCUUCCAACCGAUCAGCAAAGAGUCAGGCACUCGAUGCCAUGAAAGCGCUCAUCGCCUGGCAACCCAUUCCCGUGAUGCGCGCUCGCAUGCGCUUGCGGGUAACUUGUCCCGUAUCUAUUCUCAAGAAAUCUGUCAAGGCUGCACCGGCGGCAUCUGGCAAGGAGAAGGAAGCAUCCUCGGGUGGAUCGAAGUCCAACAAAAAGGGCAAAGGUGGUAAGAAGUCCAAGCGAGGAGAUGACUCUGACGACGAAGCUGGUGCAUCCGACGCCGAGACUCCCAAGGCACCGGGAACUGUCAAGGACAAGAUUUUGGCCUACAUUGAGUCGGUGGAAUCCCAAGAAGUGGUUGGGGAUGAAUGGGAAGUGGUUGGAUUUGCUGAGCCAGGAGCCUUCAAGGGACUAAACGACCUUGCUGGCACGCGUGUUGAAGUUCUCGAUAUGAGUGUCGUAUCAGAGGAUUGA